ACCAGGCUAUAAAAGCAACCCACAACACCAACCACUUCUAUCAUAUCACAUUCUUAUGCAAACAUGGAUGCAAAAGUUUUCACAGAGGAGCAAGAAGCUCUUGUGCUCAAAUCAUGGGAAGCAAUGAAGAAGAAUUCUGGAGAACUCAGUGUCAAGUUUUUCAAAAAGAUAUUGGAGAUUGCUCCUCCAGCUAAGAACCUGUUCUCAUUCUUGAGAGAUUCUAACGUUCCUUUGGAGGAAAACCCCAAGCUCAAGCCCCAUGCCAUUUCUGUCUUUGUCAUGACAUGUGACUCAGCUGCUCAACUGAGAAAAGCUGGGAAAGUCACUGUGAGGGAAUCAAGCUUGAAAAAAUUGGGUGCUUCUCAUUUUAAAGCUGGAGUUAUAGCUGAACAUUUUGAGGUAACAAAAUUGGCUCUGUUGGAGACCGUAAAAGAAGCAGUGCCUGAAAUGUGGUCACCGGCGAUGGAGAAUGCAUGGGCAGAAGCUCAUGAUCAGCUAGCAGAUGCCAUCAUCUCUGAAAUGAAGCCAUCUUCUUAGACUCUACUUCCUUUCUCUCUCAUUGAAUAAGAUUUUUAAUAAGGUGGUGUUUGGGUCUCCUUUGUAUGAGAAAAUAAUGUAUCUUUUUCAAAAUCCUGUAUUUGAAUGUGAUGUAAGUCGGAACAAUUUGGGUCAAAUAAAUGAUUACUAAUAUCUCAA